GGGCACAGGUGGGUGGCACUGCUGGGCACAGGUAGGUGGCACUUCUGGGCACAGGUGGGUGCACUGCUGGGCACAGGUGGAUGCACUGCUGGGCACAGGUGGGUGAUCUGCUGGGCACAGGUGGGCGGAGCUAGUGGGCGCACUGCUGGGCACAGGUGGGCGGAACUUGCAGGUGGCACUGCUGGGCACCGAUCAUCAGGGCACUGAUCAUCAGUGCCCUGAUGAUCGGUGCCGAUCCCCGCUCUGACAACUGCCGGUUCUCGGCAGUACUUUCCUCACGAUCUGACAGCGUGAGGAAAGUGCAGCCGAGAACCGGCACUUGCAU